AUGGAUGCAGAUGCAAAGAGGGAGAAAGCAGAUGUCAGCCAAGGCCUUAAAACUUGGAUUCAAGACUUAAGGGAGACUGCUUAUUCCAUAGAAGAUGUCAUCGAUGAAUACUUGCUUCACUUGGGAAAUCCAAGUCAACGGCAUAGAUUCAUUGGUUUCCUCUACAAAGUUGGUCGCUUGAUAAAAAAAUUGAAACGACGCCGUGAGGUAGCCUCCAAGAUCCGUGAUAUCCAGAAAAAGGUUCUCAAACUCAAGGAAACAAGUUCAACUCACGGCUUCAUUACUUCAGUUCAGCCAGGAUCUGGAGGCAGAAGUACAAGUGCGCCAUGGCAUGGCCCUCGGCCGGCUGGUGGAGGGAACUCCAAAACGGACUGUAACGUGGUUGGCAUGGGCGGACUUGGCAAGACCACUCUUGCCAACAAAAUAUAUGAGAACAAGGUAUUGGUGGGACACUUUGAUUGCUCUGCUUGGAUCACUGUGUCUCAGUCAUUCAAGAUGGAAGAGCUACUGCGGAACAUGUCAAUGAAAUUCUAUCAAGCAAGGAAGGAGCCAGUUCCUGAGGGUAUCAAUACCAUGGACGAGUCCUCACUAAUGACCUUAACCAGGCAAUAUUUACAAGAUAAAAGGUAUGUGGUUGUUUUUGAUGAUGUAUGGAAACUAGAUUUCUGGGGAUUUAUUAAAUAUGUUUUACCAGAAAAUAAAAAAGGGAGCAGGAUAAUAAUCACAACCCGGAAUGAUGAGGUAGCUUCUUGUUGUAAAGAAUCUUCAUUUGAUUACAUCCACAAGCUGCAACCUCUGCCUCCAAAGAGCUCCUGGGAACUCUUUUGCAAGAAAGCGUUUCAGGGUGGAUGUCCCCCGGAAUUAGAGAAAUUGUCUCAUGAUAUUAUCAGAAGAUGUGGAGGAUUGCCACUAGCAAUUGUAGCAAUCGGUGGUCUUUUGUCAAGAAAAGAGAAGCUUGUCUCCGAAUGGCAAAAAUUUAAUGACACCAUAGGCUGUGAGUUACAAAGUAAUUCGCACCUUGAAAGUAUCAAUACCAUUCUCUCUCUCAGUUAUCAUGAUCUGCCUUACUACCUCAAGUCCUGUUUCUUGUACUUGGCCAUUUUCCCGGAGGACUACACAAUUAGUUGUAGACUACUUACUCGGCUUUGGAUUGCUGAGGGUUUUGUAAAACCCAAGAGAGGUGUAACGCUAGAAGAGGUUGCAGAAGAAUUCUUGACUGAGCUCAUACACAGGAGCUUAGUUCAAGUGUCAGAGGUAUAUGGUGAUGGAAAAAUUAAAACUUGUCACGUUCAUGACUUGAUGCGUGAGAUUAUUCUCACAAAGGCCGAGGAGUUGAGUUUUUGUUGUGUGAUGGGUGAAGAAACUUCAAGUUUUGAUGGAAGAUUUAGGCGCCUAUCAGUUCAUAAUAGCCCAAAUAAAGUUGCAAACAUUACUGGUAAAAAGUCGUAUAUCCGCUCCAUUUUUCUUUACGACUCUCAGACAUUUUUUCUGGGGACAUUGGCUUCAAGGUUUAAUCUUCUGAAAGUAUUGGAUUCUAAGCCUUCUCAUGGCCGCAUCAAACAGGCCCAAAGCCAACUCAAGCUAAUCACCAAAGGCUCUGACAGUGUCACUUCAUUUAUGCAAUCCAUCAAGGCAAAGGCUGAUGAGCUUGCCCUUCUUGGAGCCCUACUCAAUGCAGAAGAUCUCAUUGACAAGACACUUGAUGGCCUUGGUGAUGAAUACAGAGAACUCACACGUGCUGUCCAAGCCAGAGACAUGCCUAUAACCUUUAAGGAACUACAUGAAAAGUUGCUCAAUUUUGAAGCUUCAGUGAUCACCCCCAAACCAAACCCCCUUCAGUUUCCUACCAUUGCUAAUCCCACGAGUAGGAACCCAACACCUAGGCGCUCACCUACACCUUCAGGCACCACCAAUCAUACAUGGCGCGCCUCUAACAGCCACCAACACAGGUAUCCUCUUACACAAACCAACGACCAACCCACACCUCAAGGUAGUCGCCCAUUUCAGCCAUACUUGGGUUAUUGCCAAAUCUACAGGAUAUAA